CGAAUCUUUUUGCAGCACUACUUGCAAACAGACGAAGAAAAAUAGGCAAAACGUAUAAAAACACAUUAAGUUCACGGUAUAUGUUGGUAAUUAGUGGAAAAAUAUCCACAUUUGCACAAUGGACGAGCACAUGGCGCUGAAACAUAGCGCAGACAAGCGUCUGGCAAGUUCGUUAGAUGAUGGUCCACCCGGCGUUGAUGGCACCGAUGCGAGUGAAAAAAACGAGGAAAUCGCUGGAGCGCCAACAUCCCGCAAAAAUAGCAAAAGUAAAUCAACGUCACGACGUCGCUCAAAUUCUCGGCACGCAUCGCCGCCAAUGAGACGCAGACGUUCACAUUCACGCUCGCCGACGCCGCCACCACAACGGCGUGGUCGCUAUGAUUCGCCGGACUAUGGUCGUUACGGCCCAAGGCGUCGAUUUGAUCGCAGACGCUCACCAGACCGGGACCGCAGGCGUUCACCACCGCGUCGUGGCAGACGUUACGGCAGAUCCAGAUCGCGUUCACGCAGUAUAUCACCGCCUAGACGCGGCGGUGGUGGACGUGGUGGGAGUCCUCCAAUGCGUUGGUCACCUAAAAAGAAGCCAGUCUCACCGCCACCGGUGCAGCAGUUAGGGCCCCCAGCAGGCGGCUAUGGAGUCAUGCCGGGACCGAUGUAUGGAGCAGGACCAUAUGGAGGAGGAGAUGUAUAUGGACAUCAGUAUGGCAUGGCGCCACCAAAUGCCUUUCCCCCGCAGGGACCGCCACCAGGCUAUGCAAUGCAGGGACCACCACCAGGACAGGCACCUGGCUUUAACACUGGCUACGGUGCUUGGGUUGUCAAUGAAUAUGGUCAGCAGGUAUGGAUGCCGCAACCGAUGGCCAGCGUACCGCCAACUGUACCUGAGGGAAUGGGAGUUCAGCAGGCAGCGCUGGUAGUGCCUGUACCGCAAUUGGAGCAGCCACAGCAGCAGGCUAUUAUAGAGGAGCAGCCGCCGCCGGCGCUUGAAAGCGCAGGUUUGCCAGCACAGGACGCUGUGGCCCAGGAGGCAGAAAAUCAAAAGGACGAGCUCAAAAAGCAACGCACCAACUACAUCAAGAAGGUAUCGCUGCUCAAGAAGGAAAUGAAAGUGCUGAAGGAGCAACGUAAUGAUUUGACUAGUGGCGAGGCGCCGCCAUCGCCAACAACAAAGAAUUUUAUAGAAGAAAAUGACCGACUACAGGUGCAAAUCAAAAAGAAACUGGAUACCAUUGAGAAUGUUAUAGAUAUGCUAAAUGGCAUUAUAGGCGACGAGGAGGCAGAGGAGGAGCAAGAGGAGACGCCCAAGAGUCAGCCGGAACAAUCGAACAGCAAAAGUGGUCAGGCAACUGGUACUUCUACCACAAGUGACAGCAGUGCUGAUAGCUUUGACUCCAGCUCCUCCAGCAGCAGCUCUUCAGACUCCUCCUCCGAAGCUGAAGGCGAGGCAGACAAUGAUAAUGAUACUAAUAGCCCAACAGAUCGUCUCAAAGCUUGCGCUAUUCAAAGUAUGAAAGCUAAACAGGCAGCGGCUUCAAAACAAGCUGACCCUGCUCAAAACUGUAAUCUUGUGUUCUUUGAUCCCGAGCAGCAUUGGUGUGAGAGCUGCAAUGCCUUUCCCAAGACGGCGCGUGAUUAUCUUAAGCAUUUGCAUGCUGAGGAGCAUAUGAAUCGUGAGACCGUCGAAACGCCUUGGCAUGUGGGCAUUGAUCAUGAUCCGUUUCCCACAAUUGAUAAGGCGCCGGUGAAGCGAGUUCCAGUGCGUGGAUUGCAGUUUCUGGUGCCAGCUAGCGCUUGGUAUUGUAAGCUCUGUAGCGUCUGGAUUGGCGAUCUGCACUGUGCCUCAGCGCAUUUGAAGUCCAGAAUGCAUGCAAAUCGAUAUGAUCUAUUUCUCAAAAAGCAACCAAACUAUGAAAGCGAAUGGCAUAGCAAACGUGAAAAGGCGCAGCAGCAGCAAAAGGAAAGCGAGGAGGUCAAGCAAAAGAAGGCCGAUGAGAAGGUUUCUAAAAAGCGUAAGAAGAAGAGUUCGGACAAGAAGAAAAAGAAGCGCAAGCACAGCAAGAAGCAUAAGCGCAAUGCCACCAGCACUUCAUCCUCAACUGCGGACAGCUCCUCGUCAGAUGAGGAGGAACAUUCUAAGCAGCAACCAAAGAAAGAGCCUGUGGAUGCUGCAACAGCGACAAUCAAUGCAGCCAGCAUACGCGUGGCCAUGCGCAAGCAGGAAGGACCACAGGAGGUCGCUCAGCCGCAAGUUGCGCCACCACCACCACCCAUUAUAAAAGAUGCCUUCAAUGCGGAUAAGCGCGGCAAGUGGACGUCAUCUGCCAAUGAGGAUGGCAAAGUUGAGGAGCAAAAGAAACGCGAUGAUGCCAUGCUGCAGCAAUGGAAUCCAGUCAUUAGCGAAAGUGAAAAGAAGAUAAUUGAGGAUCUGAAAGGCAAGCUAAAGAACAAGCUGCGUCCUGGUGCUGAGAGCAAAAGCAAUUCAAGUGCCGCCGUUGAGGAGAAACCAAAGCGUGCGCUCUCCAAGCGACGCAGCAACAGUCGCGGCCGCUCUGAUCGCUCAGAGCGUGAACGACGCGACAGAGAGCGUGACAGGGAGCGCGAGCGUGAUAGAGACCGUGAUCGUGAACGCGAGCGACGCGACCGCGAGCGUGAUCGAGAUCGUGAGCGUCGCCGUGUGCGCAGCUCACGCAGUCGCAGUCGUGGUAAUCGACGCAGUCGUUCGCGCGAUACGCGUCGUCGUCGCAGCCGCAGUCGCCAACGCUCCGAAGAGCGCGUGGAGCGUGUAGAGCGACCUGUUGUCAAGCAUUCCGAGUUUCGGCCACGCGCACAACCGGCACCCGCCAAGUCCACAGAGCCCAAGAAGGAGAAAAAAGAGCCGCCAGCCAAGCCCAAGAGCACCAGCGCUGGUGGCAAAAAAUUGCCUUUCAUAGGCAAAAUGCCGGUGCUAAAGAAGCAACCAACAGUGGCGCCAGCUAUAGCCGCUGGCUACGCUGAAGCGGCUGUCUAUACCAAUGGUGUGGGCUUGGAGAAUGCAGGCUUGGUGCCGCCACCGCCACCACCACCUGGCGGCAUGUCUAUGUCAGCAGCUACGCGAGCCGCUGCGCCAACUGCAGCACAAAUACAAAUGGCAAUGAUGGAGGAUGUGUAUGGCAAUGCACCACCAUUUCAUCCGGAUGCUGGCAUGAUGAUGGACUAUGAUGAGCUUAUGCCAGAUCCAGUGCAAUUUGCUAACCUUAUGACCAACUGUCCGCCACCGCCGCCACCCGGCGGAGACAGCGCGGGUGCCAGCAGUCUGGAUGCUGAGCAAAUGCAAGAGGAUGCUGCAGAGGAAGAUGUGCUGCCGCCAGGCAUAGAUGAGGUUGAACCGGAUCACAUGUCACAGCCUUUGGCUACAACAACAGCAACCGAAGACGAUGGCGUGCUGCCUCAGGAUUUUGCUGAAGCUUUGGACAUCAUAUUUCCAACAGAGCGUGCAGGCGAUGAGGAAGCUGACGGCAAUAGCAACGUAAACAACGUGCCACAAACUAUAACCACCAUUGUGGAAGAUGAGCCAGUGCUGGAUGAACAAAACUUGCAUGAUUUGGCUAAGCAGGGCAUACACCUGGUGUCCAUAGAUGGCAACGCCAAGCGCAGCUCGAUCGAUGAGCAGCUUAUGGAGGAGUCGUCCCAAACGUUGGACGAGGCUCCAGCUUUGCCGCUGGUCAAUGGUAAUGCAGCAACGCCUCAACAAAUUCCAAUGCCUGCUACGCCACCACCACCAGCAACAACCACAACAACAGAAGUUGCAAUAACAACAGAGCUGAAGCUAAAAGAACGUGAGCAGCUGCAGCUGGAAGUGGGCGACAUACCACAACCGCCUGAUUCACCCACAGACAGCGAGAAAUUGCGACGUCAAGCGGAGUUGGAAGAGUUGGCCAUGCUGGGCAUCGAUAGCAGCGAUAUGGCGGCACAAUAUGCAUUGUAAGCUUGGCCUUUGCUCAACACAACUGGAAACUGGUGGCAACAGCUGAUGUGCGGCAUGCCACAAACAGCUUGCCGCAUUGGUGCUGCUUUAUCUUUAUCUUACUUGAAUUGAAGUACAUUUUUCUUAGUUUGUAACGAUUGUGUUAUUUUCUUGUGACAACUUGUUUUCAAUAAAAUGCACAUAUAUGUAUGUAAUAUAUGUAUAACACUA